GCUAAUCCGGAGUGCAAAGCAGUUUUGUGAGCCCUCCCUCUGGACCCAGAACCAACCAUAGAUCAGAUGGUUGAAGCUUGCACCAAACACUCCUCUGCCUCAAGUGAGAAUACUGUGGCACUUGCAGUGGCUAAAGGAGUGGCAGAGGCGAUAUCUGGAGCUUAUGCUGCAGACUCCAAUAGAAAUUGUUGUUUUAAUUGUGGUGAGCCUGGGCAUUUUUUCAAAGACUGUCCAGAGAGACAUUCUAUACAACCUCCAGCCCCCCAACGGUUCCCCAGACAGAACUGGCAUUCGGGAAACUUCAAGCAGAGCGCGGAACGGCCCUGCGCUUCAACAUCAAAUCAAAUGCUGCACCGCUCCACCCCUCCUGCCAAACCCACCAUCCUGCCUCCACAGGGACCCCGAUAUUAAGCCCAGAAGGUGGAGUGCUUCAGAUGGGAACCCGGUGUCAACUGGUAACUAGACUCUCUUUACAUAUGAAGGGUGACUGUAUUUACAAAGUCCCCACAGGGAAACGUGGACCACCAGGCGGUCCCUCUAACACCUUAAUACUUGGGGAUCCUACCAACUGUCCAGAACAAAUUCAUACUGUUCCUGAGGUCCAGACUAUAUACCCUGGAGAUGAAAUUUCCAAUCUCUCUGACCUGCAUAGACCCUCCUUAUUAUUUAAAGGAACAGACUCCUGUGGCACAGGCCUUUUUACUUCCUAGUGACUGCCCAGAUCAUGUUCCCCUCAACCCCAGUGCUAUGUGGACACAGGUUGUGGGCUCCUGCAAACUUAUCGUGGACUGUAGCCUGUUUUGUUAUGGGGAAAGGAUUCAGUGCCCAGGAAUGAUAGACACUGGAGCAGAUGUUACCAUCAUCGCCCGCUCAGAGUGGCCAGACAAUUGGGAAUUACAACCUGUAGCAGGCAUGAUUUCAGGAAUUGGAGGAAUGACAGCUUCCAUGAGGAGCAAACGGAAUAUUGUUAUUGAAGGACCUGAGGGACAAAUGGCAACCAUCAGGCCAUUUGUGGUGAGAGCACCAAUCACCCUCUGGGGACGGGAUCUCCUGUCCCAAUGGGGGGCUUCUCUGUGGAUUCCCAGCAGGGAUUUUUAGUCGGGGUCACUGAGAAGUGCGCGAUGCCUACCAUCCCCCAACUCACCUGGAAACAGCACCAUCCAGUGUGGGUUGAUCAGUGGCCCCUAUCUGAGACCAAACUGUGUGCACUGGAAGCCCUUGUGGAAGAGCAGCUUGCCAAGGGCCACAUCACUGAGUCCAACAGCCCUUGGAACUCCCCUGUCUUUGUCCUAUGCAAACCAGGCAAGGACAGGUGGAGACUCCUUCAGGACCUCCGGAAGAUCAACGAAGCCAUUGAGGAUAUGGGACCCCUCCAGCCUGGCAUGCCCUCCCCUUCAAUGCUCCCCCGGGAUUAGAAGCUGGCUGUCAUUGACAUCAAGGACUGUUUUUUCAACAUACCACUCCAUCCUCGGGACGCUCCCAGAUUUGCAUUCUCGGUUCCCUCUCCAAACAGACAAGCACCUUUAAAAAGAUACCAUUGGCUAGUCCUUCCUCAGGGGAUGAAAAAUUCUCCUACCAUCUGCCAAUGGUACGUGGCCCACAUUCUGUCACCUGUGAGGACCCUGUUCCCAGAUGCCGUCAUCCUCCACUACAUGGAUGACAUCCUGGUUUGUGCUGCUGACGAUGACUAUCUGCACCGGACUUUACAAAAAACUAUCCAGACAAUUGAGGACGCUGGAUUUGAGAUCUGUGAGGACAAGAUCCAGCACACCUGCCCUUGGACCUACCUGGGACUCCAGAUCCGUGAGCAGACCAUCGUGCCCCAGCAGCUGACCAUCAAAGACGACCCCAAGACCCUGUGGGACCUACAUCAGCUCUGCGGGUCCAUCAACUGGAUACGCCCUCUGCUUGGGGUAACAACAGAAGUCCUUGUGCCCCUCUUCAACCUGCCCUGUGGCAGUGAGGCCCUCGACUUACCACAUUCCCUCACACCGGAGGCCCGGGAAUCCAUCACCAAGGUCCAGGAGGCCCUGUCUUCACGACAAGCCCACCGGUCCAGAAAAACAGCGGCCCACUGCAGCCUGGAAACGGAGACGUCGUUGGAGUCCACCAAACCGACCUGCCACCAGACCAACAACCAGACAGAGUUUGGCAACCGUCCUGCUACCAGGGCCACAACGAGACGGCUGCCAACAUCAUGCCUGACACCGUGACAAAAAUGGAGAGCAAAACCAUCCUUGAGUUCCUGAUGUUCCUGAUUAUCUGGAUGCUCCUGAAAACAUCAGCUGUGGAUGCCUGGCUAGUAGCACAGCCCCAGGAGAACGUGUGGAUCACCCUCGCAAAGACACUCCAACAAGACCACAUGUGCUUGUCCAUGGGCAGCGCCACCAACCCUCUGUCAUCCUGCCUGGUAGGGAUUCCUUUAAAGCCCCAUGAAUAUCCUUUCACAGGGAAAGAACCCAACCCAGGAGACACUUGGGAUGAGUGGACAAAGAUCUUGCCCCAUGCACCAGAGGAACCCCAGGAAUUAGAGUUUUUGGGAUCCUCCAAAGCUACCUAUUGCAUAAAUUUUAAUUAUCACCCAGUAGCCAAUGCAUGGCCUGCCUUGAAAUACCAAAAGGCAAUUAAAUCAAGGAAAAAUGUGACUCCCAACAGUAAAAUUUACAGUCAGUCCAAAUGGUGCAAUUACACCAGCAGCACACAAUCCACCUCCUCAACUAUCCCAGAGUGCUGCUCCGGGGAGUGUUCUUGAUCUGUGGGGAUAGAGUGUGGGCAGGAAUCCCUUCCCGACUCCGGGGAGGUCCUUGCACGCUUGGACAGCUUACCAUCCUCACUCCAAAUUCAACUCUAAUACAUGAUUGGCUGAAAAAGAAUGACUUGGCCUGCCAAAAGAAAGAUCUCGCCCAAUUAGAUGAAAAUUGCAAUAGCCAAAUUAAAGAUCUGUCCUACACAAAGAAGGUGGUGAUGUCAGCAUUUUUGCCGUGGGCAGCUGCUGCUAAAGCCCUUGGUGAGCCUUCUCACCUGGAGUGUUGGCUUGGUAAGCAGGCCAACCGGACCUCCUCUGUCCUGAGUGACCUCCUGACAGAUGAAGAGACUGUUAGGCAUGCCACGCUACAAAACCGAGCUGCCAUAGACUUUCUACUCAUGGCCCAUGGACACGGCUGUGAGGAAUCAGAUGGUCUGUGCUGCUUUAACCUCUCCAGCCCCAGUGAAGGCAUCCACACCCGCAUCCAGAGACUCCAACAUGCAUUCCAAAAACUCCAGGCUGAAAAAGGAGCCCCAGUGGCUUGAAGACCUUUUUGUGAGCUGGGGACUCGAGAGAUGGGUUGCCUCCGUCCUCAUGAACAUUUUUUGGGUUUUCUUGAUUGUUACUAUCUUCCUAAGUAUGUUUUCAUGUUUUAAGAAGCUAUCAGCUAACUCUCUAGGGGAUGCCUUUUUAAUAAGUAAAGAAGGGGGAGUUGUGGGUACGGAGGAGCCCACUGGGCCCGAGAUCCUGGCUCUCCCCUGGAGAGGAGACACUUCUCUGUGAGAGAGACACAAUGUGUCGCUCCCAGGGGUCUUUGAGUUAGAUAUGUUAAACUGUUGUGUUUCAUUGGUGUUCUCCCCUGCUGUCCCACCCCAAUACAGGUAUCUCAGGCUUCCCCCCGCCCCUCUCCUUCCCCAUAAAUAUCCUGGGUUUUCCCCUGUUUGGCGGAUUCGCUGUUACCUGCACCCUUCACUGAAGCUCUGCCUAAAUAAAGGCUAGUGGAA